UGCAGUAAUUCAAUUUCAAAUUACUCGAACUUUUUAUAUUAAUAUUUACUAGUGUCAGGUUUACAGGUACUAUGUGUAAUCGUGUAUUUAUUUAAAUUAUUAAUCAUUAUAAUGUUUUAUUUAAAUCUUAUAUAUUAAAUCAAUUUGAUAUAGUACGUAUUAUUUCUGCACAUUCGAGCUUGGAGAAACGCAGCUCGGUUGUGCUGUGCACUCCUUCUUGUAUGACGUGAAUGACAAUAAAGUUCACUUUGGCUUUGACUGUACUGGAGUCGACUGCAGCGGAAGCCAUUUUGAAUUUUUUAUUUUUUUUUAAAAAAGCUGAUGAGGUCUGCUUUGUUUUUUUUUGUAAUGCGGAACACUCGUCAGAGUUCCGUAUUCCGUUCCUCUGGGCCCCAGUCAGUUCGGUGCAGUUAGAUCCAUUCAGCCAUUUAGAGUCCACAGCGAGGGUCUCUCUCCAUUUACGGUGUGCUUUAGAACUUAGCGAAUUACAUCGAUUUAAUUUUUGCGGGUGGAUUCGAAAAUCUCCAACGUUUUCAACUUGACAUGCCGUCUUGUUUUUCAAGAAGGUAAUACCGUGGGUUUUUUUUUGUUUUUUUUUUAAACGUAGAAAAGUUUAAGAAAAGGGUCAGUGAAGUGUAGCGACAAACGCUAAGCUAUCUACAGCAGAUCUAACACAUUUCUUCGCUAAAAUGUGUUAAUUACGGACAUCCCGUAUCUAAUUAACAUUUCCGGUUGGAAUGAGUAAAAAAACAUAUAUAUAUAUAUCAGUUUACCCCAUGACUACAGUUUAAAGUUGAAGCUUUAUGUUAUAGUGUAUGGUGUAUAUGUGAGUGAGCUAAAACUAAAGACAGAACUAAAGAGAUCAACACAAUGACAGAUAAAACUCUCUGAUCACAGAAAACAGAUCAUUUACUCAUUCAAUAAGCAAAGAGACUCUAGACACCACUUUUUCUAGCAAAAAAACAGAAGAAGAAAUGUCAAGAGCGAACAGGCGGUGAGCUACACAGAUAGCUAAAGUUAGUUAGCAACACAGGGAAAGUCUGAAGCCUAGUAGUCGUUAUUUGAAAAGACAGAGUGUGACAGAAGUUUAGGAAGGUUGAAUUGAUGUUAACUGAAGCCCCCAGCAGUGAUCAGUUCGUCCUACAUUUCAGUACGGAAUAUAAAUAGAUCGGUGCUUCUCCUGUUAACAUCAGGCAACCAGUGAUGAGCGUCUCCAGGGACGUUUGGAGGAAUGUUAGGGUGUUUUUCAAGAGAAGUGAAUCUGACUUGACAACCAUGACUCCUGAACCUGACUCUGGUGUUACAAAGCCGAAGAAGAAACCGUGUCUGUCUCGCUUACGCCUGUCGAAGAUUUUCCGAAAGAAACCGAGGACAGGAAGUGAACCAGAUGAUUCAGAUGAAUCUGAAAGUCUGUCCGGGAAAUCACAGCGGAGGAGAGAAGUGUACCGUAUACCAUCACGGAGGCCUCUCCUCUUCAAAAAAAUGCGUCUCUGCUUUCCUCGGCGAAAAACAACCCGUUCCAGGAACAGUGCCUCUCCUUGCAACCAAGAAACGAUGAGCGUCUUCGGUUCAGCGCAGAGUAAUAAUAUGGUUGAAAGUGACAUGGCUUCUGGUUCAGAGUCAAUACCAUGGAAUGAAGACAUGAAUUCAACUUUGUCAAGUGCAAGUGAGGACUACGAGUACAUGAGGAACUGCAAUCUUCCUGUAAUCUCCCCUUUCGCUGUGAACCACUGUGCUCAUGCCAUUGUACUACGAGCACAGCGGGCACGCGGCUCGAAUCCUGCCGGAACGCUGAUGUCAGCGGCUAAGAGAAAACAAGUGGGGCAACUGGCAGAAUCCGUGCUUCAGAUUUUAUCCAAGAUGCCCGGACUUUGUCUAGCUGAUGGUGAGAACAUCCCCAAGCAGCUCCACCGUGUAUUCAUAGACAGGAUCUAUGAAGAGCUGCUGUCAAAAACGGGGACGCCGUUUGACCUCGUGAAGGCCUUUAAUGCUGGAGCUGAGCGGGUACAUCACGCCUUCGCUCAGUCCUUUCUGAAGGCAAUAGAAGAUGACGAUUUGGAGUCGAGCCUGUUUUGUCGACCAGACACGGACAGUCUCUGUGAUGAGAGUGAAAGUGACAGGACUGAUGCAGAUUCUGUUGAGACGAGCACAAGCACGGCCAUUUUACUGCUGCUGAAACUGCUGGCUAUCGGUUCUCCACACGCGCUUCCUCCUGAUGUCUCCCCUCAGGAACUGAUGAACAGAGUUCUUACUUCAUGCACUGAGGCUCUGAGUGGAUCUGUUGGAGAACAGAUUGAAGAACUCUAUCAGAAGAUUUUUGUUGAUCUUUGUGGACAAGUUAGUGUGGGGAGAUUAUUCCACAUGGCGUAUGCUUCCGAGGACUCGGGGUUUGACGAUGACGUCAUCGCUCCUCCGACGCCUUUGACUCCUCAGACUGAUGCCGAAGUUACAAAGUUGAAGAAGAAAACGCUGCUGUCUCGCUUCAUCGCGCCAAAGAGUUUCACAAAGGUUGAACGUGACAUGGCUUCUGCUUCAAUGAUGAUACAAUGGAGUGAAGCUGCAGACUCCAUUUCAACUUUGUCAAGUGCAAGCCAGGAAGAUGAGUCAGGAAGGAUCACAUGCAUCAGUAACCUCGAUCUUCCUAUAAUCUCUCCUUUCGCUGUGCACCACUGUGCUCACGCCAUUUUACUACGAGCACAGCGGGCAUGCGGCUCGAAUCCUGCCGGAACACUGAUGUUAGCGGCUAAGAGCAAACAAGUGGGGCAACUGGCAGAAUCCGUGCUUAAAGUUUUAUCCAGGAUGCCUGAACUUUGUGUGGCUGACGGUGAGGACAUCCCCAAGCAGCUCCACCGUGCAGUCAUAGACAGGAUCUAUGAAGAGCUGCUGUCAAAAACGGGGACUCCGUCUGACCUCGUGAAGGCCUUUACUGCUGGAGCUAAGUGGAUACAUCACGCCUUCGCUUAUUCCUUUCUGAAGGCAAUAGAAGAUGACGAUUUGGAGUCAUGUCUGCUUUAUCCGGAAAACUCGGACAGUCUCCGUGACGACAGGACUGAUGCAGUGUCUGCUCAGAAGAGCACAAGCAUGGCCAUAUUACUGCAACUGAACGUGCUGGCUAACGGUCCUCCACACGCGCUUCCUCCUGAUGUUUCCCCUCAGGAACUGAUGAACAGACUUCUAACUUUGUGCACCGAGGCUCUGAGUGGAUCUGUUGGAGAACAGAUUGAAGACCUCUCUCAGAAGGUUUUUCUUGAUCUUUGUGGACAAGUUAACGUAGAGAAGUUAUUCCACAUGGCAGACGAUUCUGAGGACUGGGGGUUUGACGAUGACGAUUUCGCUCCUCUGACCAACGAGCCUUCCAAUUACUCCAGUGACUCCGAAUCGAUAACUAUGGAACAGGAAAGCUGGGGAAGUGAGGAGAGCAGUCUCGGAGAGUAGUCUCGGAGAGUUACGUGCAGAAGAAUGACGAUACAGAACUGGAGGACGCCAAGGAGCUCCGGUCCAGCAAAGCGUCUCCUCGGGAGUGUGUACAUACGUUGUUUACUUUGUAUAUUUUGAACCCUUCUUCCUUUGUGUGAAAAUUUGAGUGCAUUAUUAUUCUUCAUAACAAAAUUAUUUUGCAAUUAUGUAUCUGACUGUGUGUUUUCUCUAGUAAAGCCGUUCCUACACUCCUGUUCAUAACGCCUUCGUCAGGAAAGAAUAUAAGUCUUGUAAUUCCUUUCAUUAAAUUAAAACUCCUCUCUUAUGUGAUUCAACUGAAAUAUUAAAGUCGAUCCUUUCGACUUAUAUUUCACUUCAUAAUACGCUAUUAUGAUUCUGCUUCCACCCCGUAACUUUCCAUAACUCCUCUAAUAUACUGUAUACACAUUCCAUUACGCUAAUGCAAACAUUGCAGCUACAGCAGAUAGCAAACAACAGGUCUUACUGCUAUGGAAAUACCACAAUCAGACAUAAAGCACACUGAAAUCAAGGGACGUUACACCUGAUUAGCAGUCACCGCCGGUCCUACUGCACUUGUGUAUCAUUUUUAAUAUCCGACUGCAAA